AUGGAUCCUUCGCGCUUCCCCAUGGCCAAAUCUACCGACCCCAAUCCACUGCGACCGUAUUACAUCCCGCCCUCAAUCGGCACCUCGCCCAACAGAAUCUCCCCAUCAUCACAACACCCGUCACCGCCUGCUUCCUCCUCCUACGCCCGCGAACUCCUCCCCGACUUGGACUUGGCCUCGACGGGGAAUGAAGCAUGGCAGGUCACGCGCAGUUUGUUGGAUACGCUGGCUUGGAGAUAUACCUCCACGUUGUUGGCGCAACCGUUUGAUGUGGCCAAGACGCUGCUGCAAAUCCACCAACCCGGAGGAGAUGUGCCCGUGUUGAAGGAAAAGGUGCGGACGAGGAGAUAUUCCACGGAAGAAGAGGAUGAAAGCGAAGAGACGAGUAAGGAUGAUGAAAUGCCGGAUUACUUCUCCCAAACCGCCCCAUCCCCCAAAAUCCCCCGCUCCGAUUCCCACAAGAAGCGCUCGUCCAAGCCAAGGAGGACAUCACCAUCUCCCGCUUCAUCUCCAUCUUCAUCUCCCUCGACACCCUCGCAUUCCCUUCGUCUGACCAAACCGGCGAGUGUCAUGCACGCCAUUUCCCAACUCUACUCCACUUCCGGCGCCGUCGGCCUGUGGCGCGCCUCCAACACCACUUUCCUCUACUCUAUUCUACUUCGCACUACCGACACUUUUAUUCGCUCUCUCUUGCUGGCAAUCCUGGGCCUUCCCGACAUUCCCUCCCCUGCUUCCGCCGGUCUGGCUCCCGGUCUCACCACUCCUCUCGCUGCGGGCUUCAGCGGGAUUGAUCUCUCGGACAGUCCGAAUCCAUUGGCAUCUCUGAUCGUCAUUGCCAUUUCCAGCUCUUUGACGGGUUUGUUCCUCCUCCCACUGGAUAUGGUACGCACGAGAUUAAUCCUCACUCCAACCCAUCAUGCUCCGAGAGGCCUCGUACAAAACCUGCGACGAUUGCCCACCCUCGUCGCUCCAUCCAUCCUCUACCUCCCAACAGCACUCUACCACGCCAUCCCCAAUACCUUCUCCGCCGCCCUCCCUCUCUUCUUGCGAAGGAACCUUCGCAUCACCCCCGAAUCCUCCCCCUCCCUCUGGUCUAUGGCAACCUUCACCACCACCCUCGCCGAACUCUUCAUCCGUCUCCCAUUGGAAACCGUCGUGCGAAGAGCCCAAGUCUCAGUCAUGAAAAAGGAAGACACCGAAUUACCCAUGAUCGUUUCUCCGGCGGCGUAUAAAGGCGUCUGGGGUACCGUCUAUCACAUUUUAUACGUCGAAGGCGAGCGGGCGGAGAAGGGCAGAGAUGGAAUGAUCCGGACGCGAAAGGGCCAGGGUGUGCAUGGUUUGGUGAGGGGGUGGAGGAUUGGUUUCUGGGGUUUGGUGGGUGUUUGGGGUGCUGGGGCGUUGGGAGCCGAGGGCAAGGGGAGGGAGUUUUAG